GCGUGAAUGAUUUUUUUUGCGGUUUUCUGCGACAUAAAAAAACAACCUCCUGGCAUUUGAAUAUUUGCAUUAUAUAUCAGUGCAUGUUUCAUAUUGGUGCAAAAUCAAAACUUUUACAUGGAAUUAUAAGCAGUUGAAUGCAUAUAAGCGUUCCGUCAAGAAACGUGAAACUUUUGUAGACUGAUUGCAAAUGGUGUUGCGGCAACUGUGCCAAAAGUUUGUUUCAAAUCUAUUAAUCUUUAUUGGUAUUCGGUCCUUUUUUACAAGAUUUCCAGUCAUGGCAUGGCGUUCGAGUGGCAACAAUAACACUGACUUGAUUAACAACUUGAAAGGAAAUGGAAUUUUAAAAACGCCAGGAGUUAUUGAGGCUAUGAAACAAGUGGACAGAGGAAGCUUUGCUAAAUAUAAUGCAUAUGCAGAUUCCCCUCAAUCCAUUGGAUAUGCAGUUACUAUUAGUGCCCCUCAUAUGCAUGCACAUGCCUUAGAGAUAUUAGCCAAUCACUUGACAGAAGGUAAAAGAGCAUUAGAUGUAGGAUCAGGAAGUGGUUAUUUAACAGCUUGUAUGGCUAUAAUGCUUGGAGAAACUGGGAAAGCUAUUGGCAUUGAUCAUAUUCCAGAACUGGUGGAUGAGUCCGUUAAAAAUAUGAAGAAAAAUACACUUACAAAACAGCUAAUGGAAUCUGGUAGGAUGGUUUUAGUGGCUGGUGAUGGCAGAAAAGGUUACCCUACUGAGGCCCCAUAUGAUGCCAUCCAUGUUGGAGCAGCAGCACCACAAUUACCUGAGGCUUUAGUUGAGCAGUUGAAGCCUGGUGGAAGAUUAAUUGUCCCCGUAGGUCCACAAGGAGAACACCAGCAUCUAUUACAAGUGGAUAAGAACCAAGAUGGAACCAUUACAAAGCAGAACUUAAUGGGUGUUAUCUAUGUUCCGUUAACAAGCAAAGACAAACAGUGGCCAAGGUUUUAAUAAUAUGCAUGUUGGAUCUUCCCUUUGUUACAUGUGCAGUAAAGAUGAGUUGUAGCUGAUGACAAUGCUAUCUUCCAUAAAACAAGUGUUAGCUAUGUUAGCUGUAUCCAGAUAUUCCCUGACACUUUCGUUCAGACAUUUAUACAAAUACUCAAUAUGAGGUAUCAUUCACAAGUUCCAGAAUGUUAUUUACAGUGAUGCCAGCUUAGAUCAAACCCAUUUGGAACUGUGGUUAGACAGGUGUUACAAUAGGCUACAUUACUAUGGAAUUUCACUAUAUACGUCCUUAUUGGUACAAGAAUUUAUUUGACACAUGCUUCCAAUUUAUGCAAUGUUCAGUACAGUCAAUUUCCACUGAUGAAAAAUCCUUAAUGUGAUAUCAAUAUUGGUUAUAUAAAAGUAUAUUUGUAUUUUUUUUUCUAUCCCUAGCUACUACUAUAUUUUUUUCUUUUAAUUACAAAAAUAAACCUACCCUAAAUAAACAUGGUUGCAGUAUUGUUGUUUUUUUUCCUGGCAUGCAGCAUUUUUGUCCUCAUUAAUGUGUGUUUCACUGUACAGGUUGAACGGGUGUUAAGUGUUUUUUUUUUUUAUUUAUUACAAAUUUUACAGUAAAAUGAACUCGUAAAACCCCUAUAAUAGUGUUUAAAUGAGAUAUGAAGACUUAGUGUACAUUUGACUUGCAGCAUUCUUGUUUAUGAAUUUUUUGUAAUGGCCAGUUGAUGUCACCAUGUGUGUCAAUUUUUGUUUGCAUAAUUAUGCCCCUUAAAAAUGUUAAUUACAUAGGAGGAUCCAGGGGGGGCUGGGUGGCCUGCCCCCCCCCCCCUUUUCGUGGGUAAAAUUUGGUUGCAUAAAAGUGAAUCACUGAAGCAUGACUGGAGCGGGGCCCCCCCUUAGGUCAGUCAAAGGGCCCCCCCCCUUAUGGAAAGUGCUGGAUCCGCCACUGAAUUAUGUGGAUAAUUGCUUUGUUAUUGCCCAUUAACUGAUUAAAUUUAAGCUUCGCUGAGAACUUCUUUUAUUCCCAUUGCAUUAUGAUUUCGAAAUUUUAAAAAGACACAUUUAUUUAUUUAUUUACAGAAUAAAAUUCAUAAAAUGCUAUCUUGGGAAUCAAAUGAAAUGUCAUAUUAAGAGGGAAAGUUUUUCUCACUCUAGAUAACAGAAUUUUGUUUUCUUACUUUUUAAAGAAAGUUUCAUAUUCUUGAUUUCUUAUUAAUAUUUUUUUAUUUCUGGGGCACUUUAAUUUCCAGAAUGUGAUUUCAUUUCAAAUCUUAUUAUGUUAGUUUUUAAAAUUUCAUAAUUUUUCAAGUUCGCACUGCAUGGCAGAUAAUACUAUAUACAUGUAUAACAGUUGUAAAUAUUUUGUACAUUUCUCAAAGGUACUGUUUUUGUUAACCUUUAUGCUUUAAAUUACAUAUAUGAUUACAUGUAGAAAGUUUCAUGAAUAAUUUAUUAUUUGUAUACUGUGAUAUGUAAAUAAUUCAUUAAUUGUAUACAUGAAUAUUUAUUACGUUUAAUUGUACUCAUAUAAAUAUUUUAUCGCAUGCAUAA